AUGGCUGGGCUUGUCCUUUUCCAAGUACUCCUCAUGGCAAGUCUCCUCAGCGCCAAGAGGUUCUCGUGUUUCCCUGAAUACUGCAUCCAUGACGAAGACUAUGAUGAGCUACUGAAGAUUGUCCAAGAAGGGCUGGGGAAUGCAACUAAUCCAGUGAAGGUGGUCAUCGUUGGUGCAGGAAUAGGUGGGCUUACGGCAGCAAAGUUGCUCCGCGAUGCUGGGCACGCAGUUACCAUCCUGGAAACCAGCAAUCGGGUUGGCGGGCGGAUCAGAACGCACCGAGCGGAGAGAUCGGACUGGUACGCGGAGCUGGGACCUAUGCGGUUGCCAAGCAAACACAAGAUCGUCCGCGAAUUUAUCAGGCAGUUUGACCUGAAGCUAAACCCAUUCAUCCAGACAGACAAGAACACCUGGUACUUGGUGAACGGUGUUCGAGCAAGAGCUGGGGAGGUCUCUAGAAAUCCCGACAUCCUCAAAUAUCCAGUGAAUCCAUCAGAGAGAGGCAAAAGCGCCAGCCAGCUUUAUAGGGAAGCACUAAACGAGGCCUUCAAAAAAUUCCAGAAUACAGACUGCAAGAAGUAUCUGGCUAAACACGAUUCCUUCUCUACCAAGGAGUAUCUGAUUAAAGUAGGAAACCUAAGCAGAGGAGCUGUUCAGAUGAUUGGCGACUUGAUGAACGAGGACUCUGGAUUUUAUCUCUCUUUUCUUACCUCGCUGUGGUCUUUCGAUAUCUUCUUUAAUGAGGAAGGCUUUGAUGAAAUCACAGGGGGAUUUGACCUGCUGCCCAAAGCCUUCCAUAAAUCCUUGCCGGGUGUCGUCCAGUUAAAUUGCACCGUGGAGAAGAUCAUGACAAAAGGGGACAAAGUCAGGGUGUUCUACCGUGCUCCAGACACGCUGGCCCCAAGCAUAGCAACUGCUGAUUAUGUUCUUGUCACAUCCUCAGCAAAAGCCACCAGGCACAUCGAUUUCCUGCCACCGCUCUCUCUUAAGAAGACCAACGCCCUCCGCUCCGUCCACUAUGCAAGCUCCACCAAGGUGGUCUUGGCUUGCACUGAGAAGUUCUGGGAGAAGGACGGCAUUCGAGGAGGUCAGUCUAUCACUGAUCGCCCUUCCAGGUUUAUCUACUACCCCAGCCACAACUUCUCCAGCGGGAUGGGGGUGAUCCUGGCCUCCUACACCUGGAACGACGAUGCGGAGUUCUUCCUGCCCCUCACGGAUGAGAAGUGCCUGGACGUAGUGUUUGAGGACCUCUCGAUAAUCCACCGAGUGAGCAAGGAGUAUCUGCAGUACACCUGCGAUCAGUAUGUGAUACAGAAGUGGCAGCUGGAGAAACACUCUUUGGGGGCGUAUGCUGCCUUCACCCCUUACCAGUUUGUCGACUAUUCCCAGGCUUUGUUUGAGCACGAAGGCAGGGUCCAUUUUUCAGGAGAACACACCGCCCAGCCUCACUCCUGGAUCGACACGGCGAUGAAAUCUGCCGUGAGGGCGGCAAGUAACAUCCAUCACGACAGCGGCGAAGCCCGGCUGCAGAAGAACCGGCGAGAGCCGGAGCCGGAGGAGCCGGAGAGUUUCUCGGAGAAGGAGGAACUCUAG